GGGUGCCGGGCGCGGGCUCCUGCGUAAGACGGGCGCCGUGACACGCCGGCCAGUGAGCGAGGCGCCGCCGGGGGGAGGCCGCGACGGAGCUCCGGGACUGGCCAUGGGCUGAGACACAUCCUCGCCGAGCAGAACAUGCCGGGGUGACUCCCUCCCAGUUCUUCCUGUGGCCUGCCUUGUCCGGGUCUUCCCUAUUGACACUAUGCAACCCCAGCGUGACCUGCGAGGCCUCUGGCUCCUGCUGCCGUCCUUGUUCCUGCUCCUCUUUGAGGUAGCCAGAGCUGGCCGACCUCUGCUUAGCUGUCCCGCCACCUGCCUCUGCGCCAGCAACAUACUCAGCUGCUCCAAGCAGCAGCUGCUCAACGUACCCCACUCCUUGCCCGGCUACACGGCGUUACUGGACCUCAGCCACAACAACCUGACCCGUCUGCGGGCCGAGUGGACCCCCACCCGCCUCAACCACCUCCACUCCCUGCUGCUGAGCCACAAUCAACUGAACUUCAUCUCCUCUGAGGCCUUUACCCCGGUACCCAACCUGCGCUACCUGGACCUCUCCUCCAACCACCUGCGCACGCUGGAUGAGUUCCUGUUCAGCGACCUGCAAGCGCUGGAGGUGCUGCUUUUGUACAAUAACCACAUCGUGGUGGUGGACCGCUAUGCCUUCGACGAAAUGGCCCAGCUGCAGAAGCUCUACCUGAGCCAAAACCAGAUCUCCCGCUUCCCCCUGGAACUGGUCAAGGAAGGCAACAAACUCCCCAGGCUUAUGCUCCUGGAUCUGUCCUCCAACAAGCUGAAAAAGCUGCCGCUGAGCGACCUGCAGAAGCUGCCGGCUUGGGUCAAGAACGGGCUGUACCUCCACAACAACCCCCUGGAGUGCGACUGCAAGCUCUACCAGCUCUUUUCCCACUGGCAGUACCGGCAGCUGAGUUCCGUCGUGGACUUCCAGGAGGAUCUGUACUGCAUGCAUUCCAAGAAGCUGCACACUGUCUUCAACCUGGACUUCCUCAACUGCAGCGAGUACAAGGAGAGUGCCUGGGAGGCCCACUUGGGCGAAACCCUGACCAUCACAUGCGACACCAAGCAGCAGGGGAUGACCAAAGUGUGGGUGACCCCAAGCAACGAACAGGUGCUGAACCAGGGGGCCAAUGGCACAGUGACGGUGUCCCAAGAUGGCAGUCUGCAUUUUGAGCAGGUGCAGGUGGAGGAUGGGGGUGUGUAUACCUGCUAUGCUAUGGGGGAGACUUUCAACGAGACACUGUCUGUGGAGUUGAAGGUGUACAACUUCACCUUGCAUGGACACCAUGACACCCUCAACACCGCCUAUACCACCCUGGUGGGUUGUAUCCUCAGUGUGGUCCUGGUCCUCAUAUACCUGUACCUCACCCCUUGUCGCUGCUGGUGCCGGGGUGUCGAGAAGCCUUCCAGCCAUCAAGGAGACAGCCUCAGCUCUUCCAUGCUUAGUACCACACCCAACCAUGAUCCCAUGGCUGGUGGGGACAAAGAUGGUGAUUUUGACCGGCGGGUGGCUUUCCUCGAACCUGCAGGACCUGGGCAGGGUCAAAAUGGAAAGCUCAAGCCAGGCAACACCCUACCAGUGCCUGAGGCUACAGGCAAGGGCCAAAGGAGAAUGUCUGAUCCAGAGUCAGUCAGCUCCGUCUUCUCUGAUACGCCCAUUGUGGUGUGAGCAGGAUAGGCUGGUGGGGAGGUUCUGCCCCAGGAGAGGUAGUGUACCCCUGAAGGAUAUGGGGGGAUGGAAGAGAGGGCUGGCUGCCCAAGGGAGUGGGUUCCUCCUGACCACCCUGGAAUUGGUCAUGGGCACAACAGCAGGCAAGAUCCCAAGAAGGGCAUGGCUGCAGUGAGUUUCACAUAUGGAUAUAUUAAUCUUUAGGCAGACACCACACCCCUGCCCAAAGCCUUGGCAAUUCUCAGUGUGUAGAGGGGGAGGAGGAGGAAGAGGAGGAGGAGGGAGUGGAGCACCUCUGAGUUGGAUGGAAAUGAGGAAGGGGUGAGGGGAAGAGCAGAUUCCCUAAAAAAAUUUUUUUGAGGUCAUUCCUAAGUCCUUAAAAGAAAGCCAUUUGAAAAACAAAUUUUCUCGUCUCUGCCCUCCCACACCUGUGAAGUUGUGUGUGUUGGGGAAGCCUGCAUAGGAGAGGAGCCAUGUUGGGAAGCUGCAUUGUCUUCUCUGGUCAGGAAGUCACAUGUCACAGCUGGGCAGCUGGAAGCCUUUGGAAGAUGAGUCAGGAAAAGGCUGAGACCUGGAAUAAGAACACUUCCUGAAGCUGCCGUGAGACUUCCCACUAAAGCCUUCUCUCCCCACAAGCCCCGAGUGGGUGUUUUAUCUUUGCAGGAUCCUGGUCUCUUGCCGGCUAGUUACGGCGGCAAUGGAAGGUGUGGUGUCUGGGCUUUAUUCUGGGACAAGUGGCACAGAUGGUUGUAGCAUGAACUAAGAGGUCCUUGUCACAGCACAAAACUUGUCGAUGGAAGGCAAUUCCCUGGCUGGGGACACCUUUGGUUAAUAUUUCACUCCCAGUCAGUGUGUUUGUGUCAGACCAGGGUGGGAACGACCGUAGGCAGAGGUUAGGUGACGCUUGCCACAGGUGUGACACCAGGGCCACUCUCCCCACACCAGUCUCUUCGAUGUAGGAGCCAGCUGGUUUUCUGUAUGUGUGCGCGCCAUCUCUAGUCAGUCUCCUUCGCCACUCAGGUGGGCUUCGGAGUUUUCCCUAACAUGCUGCUGUGCACAGGGAAGAAUCCAGUUCAAGUCUCAUCCCACUAGGUUAGGCUAGGCCUGGAGAUAGAUGGGGCCCAGUAUAUUUCCCCUCUGUGCUGGCAUGGCUGCCUCGCUGCUGCUGCAAAGUCCAGCCGUGGGACUUGGUCAUCUGAGGGGCCAGGGUGAGGUGGCCUCUGUCUCAGAAUGGCAACAUGGAGUGUGGCUUCCAGGCCCCAGACAGUCUUGUAGCUAAGCCAAUGGUGGCACUAAACUUUCUUUCAUAAGGAAAGCUCUGCCAUUCGAUUCGUCUGUGCAUUCAUGGUUGUCAGAGCAGAGGAGUGUAAGUACAAGCCCAGCCUUGGGUUUCAUCUGAGGCUGCAGAAUGCCAUAGGCCCUGGAGAUGGCUACUCCCCUGAGCUUCUCUCUAUGACCGUACUGCAGGCCUGGGAGGUGGUUGCUCUGAGCUUCGGGAGUGGGGUGAUCAGGGCCCUAGUGAAAAUGUUUCCUGAUGUUGGUCUUCCCCCCACCCUACUUUGAUGUCUCUUUUUUUCCCCCAUGUUUUCUGUCUUUUGGAAGUCCUCAAAAUCCUCUCACUUCCAGACCUGCUUUUUAGGUUCCAAGAGUCAUUUUCCCGUGCAUAAGGUUGCUUUGCUGGGAGGGCCCGGUUAAAGCUGUCUGUUAAGACUGGGGAAAGGGACUGGAAGUUAACAUCUUCCCUCUGUCUGCUCCUGGGACCUCAAGGCUGCUGUCCGUCCUUCAUUAGUCACGUCAUUUUGUCCAGAGAGAGGUGCAGCAGUUCCCCUCAAGUAGUUGCAUGCUCAUAGGUCUGCAUGCUCAUAGGUCUGCAUGCUCACCGGCACCUUGAACUCCACCAGGACAGUGAAUCUGUAGCCCCCACUAAUGCCGCCCCUUCUAGAAUGGCCUCUACCUAUGUGCUCCACUUCUCACACACGAUUCCCUUGCACUGUAGGAGAGACAGUAACUGUGCCAGGCUCCUCAAACACACAAUCUCUUGAACUUUAAUUUCUGAAUUCCCUGGGUCUUCAUCCGUAUCUCCAUGGCUCUGAGUCACUUCUCUGCAGAGGCAGGAGUUAGUAGUUCUCCCAUGGGUUGAAGACCUUGGAGAAGGGGUGGUGAGGCACUAGCUGGCUCUUUAGGCUCCUCAGAAACCCCUGCCCCUUAAAAUUAUAUAUAUGAGACAUGCAUGAAGCUAGGACAAGAGCUAUGAAAGACCCCAAAGGAUACCAGCAGGGGCCUAAGCAGCUGUGAGUUGCUCUUCCUGUGUUAACUGUCCUGGUGAGACCGGGGCCACAGAGGAAAGGUUAUCUAGUUGUAUUCCAAAGACUUCUUACCAGAGCUAUAGGAACCAGAAUUCCCUCCUUAGACUAAUCAGCAAACAGAAAACCCUCUCUCCCUGUUGCAUUUUCCCUCUAGGGCUGUGAACUCUUUUGAAGGGAUGUCAAAUGAAGCUAGCCUCUUGGAACGUUCUGGGGAGCUCUGAGGACUUAGGAGGGCUGUUUUCUUCAUAAGUCUAAUGCUGCAGCUCCCAAUUCUUCCCACUAUAUUCACUGAGCUAGGUUGUGGUUUGAGACACCUGGAGAUGUAAAGGAUCAGCUUCUGUCCCAUGGUUUCACUUGGGAUGACCCAAAGGUAGCUUUUUACGUGGACGGGUGGAGUUCCGUACUCAGCAUACAUAAUUUCAUUAGUACCUUGGGUAGAAAAUUGCCAGGUGUGGUUAUAAGGGCCGGGCUGCCUCCGUCCCUCACCCCACCAUUGUAGCAGAUGGGGUCUCCCAGGAAGUAGGUGUCUCGAGACAGAAUGUGACAGGGCUCUACAGUCUAUGUAAGUAUUUGUGAUCUUUUUCUUUGCUUGUAUCUUGGGGCCUCCAGGAAGAGGCCAAGAGAAGAUAGCUCCCCUCCCCCCCACACACACUGAGGAAAGCAAAACCAACUGAUUCCCUUAGCGUGUGUGUUUGUACCUUUGUACUUCCUUCUCCUGUGUCUAGGACCCCAUUUCUCCCACUCUGUGUACCCAGGCUGGCAAACAUCAGAGCCCAUGGCUCUGGAAACUAGACAAUGACCAUUAAACCUGGCUUAAGUCUCUGCUCUA